AUGCACAGAGGUCAACAUUUACUCGUCAGUGUGCUGUCAAUGAACAAACACACCAACACGGCCACUGUGACCAUCGAUCGCAACCAGGUUCUUAAGGCGGUCACACGCGGUGACUCGUUUACACUGAAACAACUCUUGCCGGGUAUGUUGCUCAACGUCCGCAUCGAAGAUGUGCUGGAGAACGGCCUAAGUGUCACGUUCCUCACCUUUUUCACCGCGACAGUUGAGCAGAAUCAUAUGAGUCUGCUUCGUGAGCGAGGCUGGGAAGAAUCCUACCGCAAAGGAAUGAAAGCUCGUGCACGUAUCGUGACUAUCGACUAUGUCGCCAAGCAGAUCACGCUGUCCAUGGCUCCGCAUGUGGUGCACUUACAGGUACCACAGGCUCCUUUCUCGGAGCAAGAACGAGGACGCUACGAUGGAAGAUGCGAGCGAGAUGAAGGAAUCGGCCACAAAUACAAGGUGGAAAGCUUUGGUCCUGGGUAUGUGCACAUUUUCAACGUCUCAGACAAGCGCGUUGACAAACUCGACAAGAAGUUUACUGUGGGCUCAAACAUUAAGUGCCGUAUGCUGGGCUUUUCGCCUUUCGACGCUGUUGUAAGCGUAAGCUGCAAGGAACUCUUAAGUGCGCAGACUGUGCUGCGUCACCAGGACCUUAAGCCUGGUACCAAGGUCAGCGGCAAGAUUCUGUCCGCGGAGCCGUGGGGUAUUUUGAUGGAGAUAAGUGAGGGUGUGCGCGGCCUAGUGACUCCGCAGCAUAUGACGACUUUGUUGCUGAGCAAGAAAGCCAAUAGCAAUGGUAAGUACAAGGUUGGUAAGACCGUGAGCGCUCGUGUGCUGCACGUGGAUCAUGAGGCGAAAAAGACGUUCUUGACCAUGAAGUCGGGACUGCUGGCUUCGGAGCUUCCCGUUCUGAGCUCAUUCGAGGAAGCAACGAUGGGUCGCAUUGCUCACGGUUUCAUCACAAAGUUUGCUGAGUAUGGCCUCAUUGUCACCUUUUACAAUAACGUGUACGGCCUGGUGCCCAUGGCUGUACUUCAGCAAGCUGGUAUCGACAAUCUCGAGGAAGCUUAUGUCAUUGGUCAAGUCGUGAAGGCCCGCGUCACUCGUUGUGAUGUUGGUAAGAAGCGGUUAAUGCUGUCAUUCGAUACGACGUCAAACAGCUUGGGUAAUAAACCGAUUACCGCCCCGGAUAGUGCUACAAAGCUGGUGGGAACAACGAUCACUAAUGUUAAGAUUACGAACGUGGAGUCUACGUGUUUUCGCUUGCAGACGAAUGACGGGAUGGAGGGUGUGCUCCCGUUCGUGCAGCUAACGGACUUUCCACGCAACACCUUACUAGUGGACAAGGUUGUGAAGCGCUUUAGCGCUGGUGAUAUAAUUGCGGAGCCGUUACUCGUUGUUUCUGAGGAAUCUGAUGGCGUUCUGACACUCUCAAAGAAACCAUUAUUGCUUGCGUUUGCCUCACACAAUGCUAUUUUGCCACGCACUUUCGAAGACGUGCAGGAAAACGCUGUGCUUAUUGGUUACCCCCCCAAAGAAUUUUUGAAGGAGCAAUUCGUCGCGCGAAUUGAAGAAGUUAUGUUUGAAAUCGGUGAAACUGUGACAUGCUGCAUUGAGAAGGUAGACAAGGAAAACAAGCAGUUCAUUGUUGGGUUUCAACAGCGCAAAUUUGUGCAGUCUACGAACAGUACCAACAAGGUUCGUCCAGCCUUUUUUCAGGCAUACCUUUGUGAGCAGGCUUGUGUACGUAAUGCUGCUACAGUGACGAAAACUUCGUUUUAUCUUGGCAAGACUGAGAAGGCGGAGUUUGUUGGUGUCCGUCCAUAUGGUGCUGUGUUUGCCUUGGAAAGGGAUGACGAGACUGUAACGGUGUUAGUGCCUACGGUGACAACGGAAACCAAUGAAUGGAAUGAGGGUGACACUGCUAAGCUGCUGCUGACGGACUACGAUUUCAGCAAGAAUGUGUACUACGGCACAGAUGACGAGCUGCUUGUUAAGAAUGGAUUGAAGCGUUCACGUAAGCAAAAGCAGCGUAUUAAGGCAGGGGAAAAGAUAGAUGCUACUGUGCUAGUUGUUGGUUCUACGGAGAACUACGUAGUAGUAUCUUUCCCUGAUCCACACAACUCUGAUCUGCUGCAGUUUGGCGUAGUGGAGCUGUGCGACUUUUUGAGUGGCUCGAACUCGACGCCCUUUAAUGAUUUGGUUUUACUGGCGCUAGAGGAAGAAAAGUUAGUGGCAAAAUUGAAGAAUGUCUCACACAAGUUAUUGGCCAAGUUGCCUAAGUACACGCAGGCUGAUCUCGUGCUUGGCAACACGCUGACCGGCAUCAUUGCGGGCAUUUCCGAGAAUUCGAUGAGAUUCGCUUGGCGACAGGCAAGAAGAAGAUCGGUAGAGGGUCGUGUGAUUGCCGUCACUGUGAAGGGAGCCAACAAACACAAGGCUGUCAGCGAGGAAAACCCGGCAAAAUUUCAUGACCUGCAGCUGUCGCUGCGUACAGAGGAUUUGGCUGGUGACGAAAAGGUGAACGACGUGCAGCGAUUUGCUCGCCCGGAUUGGCUAAAAGGCAGCGCGGGUCGUGCAUUACUGAAGGAGGGCAACUUCGUUCAUGGUGUUGUUUUGGAGCAGUCCAUGGACCACUUGAUUGUCAAACUUAGCAGCAAUGUUACAGGCACUUUAAGCUGUAUUGAGGUGUCGGACGAUGUGAAAGUGGUGCGUGCGUUCCAGGACGAAUUUCCUGUGGGCAAGCGUAUAAAGUGCUUUGUGCUCCAAGUUAACGAUAAUAAGAAGGUAGUAGACUUGUCCAUGAUUCGCUCAGCCCGAGACAAGACCGGUAUCAAGCCCGGCUCUAUUGUGAACGGUGUGAUCUCGACCAAAAAAUCGGCCAUUCGCCCACCUUCGAUCAUGGUGCAGCUUGGUACUUACUCAUUUGGUCGUGUGUGCAUCACUGAGCUUUUGGCUGAAUGGGAAAAUAAGAUGCUAGAGCUGGCUCAAUUUGGAGCUGCUAGGGUCGUGCGCUGUGUUGUGUUAUCAACCACCAGUAGCCAUAUUGACUUGUCUCUACGUUCAGAUGCGCUGGAGAAUCCGUCAGAAUACGCUACGAAGACGUCCAAGCCAGUAGAACGCAACAUAGGUGACUUGGUGCCUGGGAUUGUAGCCACUACUACAACAAGCGGAUGUUUCGUGCGUCUAGACCGUCAUACGACAGCGCGUGUGAUGCUCCGUGACCUCAGUGACGACUUUGUGAAGGACCCACAGACUGGAUUUCCUGUUGGCAAGCUGGUGGCUGGGCGAGUUACGAAGAAGUCGGUCCGUGGUCUAGAGCUCAGUUUGAAGACGUCGGUUGUCUCCGAGGAUGUGUCAAUGCUCAAGUGGAACGAUCUAAAGGAGGGUUUGACGAUCAAGGGUACGAUCACGAAGGUGCAAGCAUAUGGCGUUUUCGUUCGUAUUGAGAAGAGCACGAUUAGUGGUCUGUGCCACAUUUCGGAGAUUGCAGACGAGAAAGUGAUGCAGCCGCUGGAUCAGAUCUUCUCGCAGGGCGACUAUGUCAAAGCGAAGGUGCUGAAGGUUGAAAAUCGUCGCGUUUCAUUUGGACUAAAGCCGUCAUAUUUUGCGGAUGAAGAGAGCAGCUCUGAUGACGAAUCUGACGAAGAAGAAGAGGAGGAUGAAGACCUUGAUGAGGAGGAGGCUGAGCGAAUGGAAGUCGACGAAGAGGAAGCUUUUUUCAAAAAGUCGAAGUCAGUGGCAAUGGAAUCUGGCCUGGGUGACGACAAGCUCUUAAGUAAAGACGAGGAUGAGAGUUGCGUGGCUCCAGUUGAGUUUAGCUGGGACGGAUUUUCGAGCGCGCUAAGCAACAAAACAGAAUUGAAGGACGACGGCGCGUCGUCUUCUGAUGAGGAAGAUGAUGGCGAGAAGGACAAUCUGAGCUCGUCCAAGGUUGGCAAACAGAAGCGUCUGCAGAGCGAUGAGUGGGUGGCACUGCGGGAGAAGGCUCUUGCGAUUAAUGAGGAGAUUCCUCAGAAUGCGAGUGACUACGAGCGUCUUUUGGUGGAUUUGUAUGCUCGUGCAGAGGAGCACGAGGACGUGAAACAGACGCUUACUACGAUGCAAAAGAAGUUUCACACAAGUAAACAAGCUUGGAUUCGCUCGUUGCAGUAUCUGGUUGGUGAAAAGCAAUUCUCUGACGCUGCGGAGACCUUGCAGCGCAGUCUGAAAAGUCUGGCUGCUCACAAGCACUUGCCGGUGAUUCUCAAGUACGGGCAGCUUUUGUACGAACAGGCUGAACUGGACAAGGCUCGCACGAUCUUUGAGGGCAUCUUGGCCAACUACCCGAAGCGAAUCGAUCUGUGGAAUGUGUAUCUAGAUAAGGAAAUCAAGUUUGGAGACAUUGUUCUUGUGCGCGCGCUGUUUGAGCGGCUAUUGGCUAUGGAAUUUUCAGCUAAGAAGAUGAAGUUUUUGUUCAAGAAAUUCUUGCAAUUUGAGCAGGAGCAAGGUGAUAAUGAUUGUGUCGAGCACGUGAAGCACUUGGCAAAGGAAUUUGUUGCUAGUGCUGCUGCCAAGUAG